CAAACUUUCUAGAACUUUCAACCAACCGUCAUCGCUGACACACUUCAAUAUAAUCCGGAGCUAUAAAUACAACACAAAUUCACUUGAUUCAACCAACACUGCAUUCUGAAUUUCUGAUUCGUCAAAUCAAUGGCUUCUAUCACCGUUCGUCCUCCCGCGCUAACUUCAACUUCGGAGCCACCUCCGAUUUUUGAUGGAACCACCAGGUUGUACAUCAGUUAUACUUGCCCCUUUGCACAACGUGCAUGGAUCACUAGGAACUACAAGGGACUACAAGACAAGAUUGAGUUGGUUCCUAUUGACCUUCAAAACAGGCCUGCAUGGUAUAAGGAAAAAGUAUACCCAGAGAAUAAGGUGCCAUCUUUGGAGCACAAUGGCAAGGUAUUGGGAGAAAGUCUUGAUCUAGUCAAAUAUGUGGAUGCCAACUUUGAAGGAACACCUCUCUCUCCCAAUGAUCCUGCCAAGAAAGAGUUUGCUGAGCAGUUGUUAUCCCAUUCUGAUACCUUUGUCCAAGAGUUGUUCGGCUCAUUCAAAGGGGAUACUGUGCAAAAAACCAGUUCUGCUGUUGACUACUUGGAGAAUGCCCUUGGUAGAUUUGAUGAUGGGCCAUUCCUUCUUGGUCAAUUCAGUUUGGUGGAUAUUGUGUAUAUUCCGUUUGUGGAAAGAUUCCAAGUUUUCCUUGCUGAGUUGUUCAAGUAUAACAUCACAGAGGGAAGACCUAAACUUGCAACAUGGAUUGAGGAGCUGAACAAAAUUGAUGCUUAUACACAGACAAAAGUGGAUCCUCAAGCACUUGUUGAAACUUACAAGAAUCGUUUUCUGGAGUUGAACAAGAUUGAUGCUUAAGGCCAUGGUUUGUUUCACUUUCCAGCAUCAACCAAAUAUUGGUGUUAUAUAGAUUAAGGCCAUAGUUAUGUUUCACUUUCCAGCUUGUUUGUUUGGUUUUGUAAUAAGGAUGGUGUACCAGCUUGUGAUCACUGAUCAGAAUAUGUUGUUAUCCUAUGUUGAUAAUAAUACUUUAUAAACUUUGAUACUGUCAA